AUUAUGAUCUUGGAAAGGGCUUUCCUCCUUUCAUCUUCAGACAGCUGUCCGCUUUGCAAGAACUGAGUAUAGAGUACUGCUCUAUUGAACACCUUCACCACCUCACUUUCCUGGGGUUGGUAUCGCUCCAGAAGCUUAGUUUAAGAGGAAACAACAUUUACCAACUUCAUCAGGAUUUACUUCAAGGGUUGGUGCAAGUCAGAAGCAUGAACCUUCAAGGAAACUUCCUAUCGUAUCUCGAUGAAGCUGUAUUUUCAAGCAAUGCAAAACUUACAAAUCUGUCAUUAGCAAAUAACAAAUUUACCAGUUUCAACCAAAGUACCUUCCAACCAAUCAAACUCUCUCUUUCUUCUAUCGAUCUUUCAAACAACCCAAUCAAUUGCAACUGUGAUUUAAAGUGGCUUCUUGAUUGGCUAAGUGGCCCUAUACAGCUGCUUAAUGAAGAUGAGACUAUCUGCUCGUUAGCAUCUUUGGAUUCCGUUGGGGAGAAACCUUUGCUUGAUUUUGAUCCCAAUGAACUAUGUGGGCUCAACAUUGUUCUUUACUGUGUGCUUUCACUCGCUGCCAUUUGCUUCUUGGUCGUUGUCGGCUUCGUUUAUCAUAAUCGAUGGCAGAUGAGGUUCAAACUCUAUCUCUUGAAGCUGGCGGUCCUCGGGUACAACGAGCUACGGGACGCACGAGACCACAACGACUACGAGUUUGACUUAAACAUCAUCUUCUACGACGACGAUGAACAUUGGAUUCGUGAACAGCUUCAACCGGUUUUUGAAGAACGGCUCCCGCAGUUUGAGAGGAACGUGUUUGGUGAUGACGACCUUGUUCUAGGAAUGCACUACUUGGAUUCCGUUGACUACGUGGUUAGCAGGAGUUACAAGACUGUCAUAGUGCUCAGCAGAGCCGCCGUUCGCGAUCGCUGGUUCAUGCUCAAGCUUCGAAUUGCAAUGGACCACGUGAGUGACACACAGACCGAAUUCGUUGUGGUGCUCUUCCUCGAAGACAUCCCAGAUGAUGAGAUGCCGUUCCUGGCGAGGUUGUAUCUUAGUGAUGGCAGACCUUUUCUUCAUUUGCCAAAUGAAGAAAGAGGACAAGAAUAUUUCUGGAAUGAAUUAGUGAAAAGUUUGACCAUUAAUCUAAGGACCAAUGAUUUGAUUCCGAAUGAGUAGAACGUUUGUGUACGUAAUAAUUGUUUCUUCUUGUUCCUUUUCCUUUUUCUAGUUUACAUACAGUUUACUCUAGCAUUUGACAAGUACUCACUUUAGCUAUUAUUGUGUUUUUUUUUGACAUUUUAGUAGCAAGAUAAUGUUUCUUAUAUGUGUACAUUUUGAGAAGGCCUAGCAUAACGGCCAAGGCAAAGAUCGAGAUAGCCUUACUAAAGUACUUCUCAUUGAUACAUACAUGCAACUGAGAGAUCGAUGAUACAUGCUCAGUUCUUUUCUCAGUGAUGUUCAUUUACUCAUUCCAUUUUCGGAAUUACGAGACUUCGUAAUGCAUAAAAUGUUCGGAAUAAUGAACCCUAUAUUAUUUUCAGAACUAUGAACCCCCCCCCCCCCCUCGGUAGGAGAGAUUUGUAUUCGGGAAUUAAUAACUUACGGAACCCCCGCAAAAAACGAGCAACCCCCGUUGUCUUUAACUUUUCCUUUUUAA